CGACGCCACGGACGCCACCAUUGAUCCCCCCAGUUUUCGUCAGUCUUUCAAAUUGCGCUCUCUUCUUCCAUUUACUUUUUUACACUGAAGACAAUACUUGUGGCUUUAUUAGAAUAGUAUUAUAUUUGUAAUAUAGGGCGACUAGAAAAGGAUGAGUAAUUAUAAGACGAAACGUUUAAAACGAGAUAAAAGAAGAUGAUAGAUCCAUCUUCAUCCGAAGAAGACAGUGAUGAAGAACAUGGAUCAGGUCAUCAUGUGGGACACCAUCCACCCGCACAUCAUCCUCAUCACCAAACGCAUCAACACCCGGCGGAAGUAUCACCAUAUCAUUCUCACGGAUCCGAUGGUAGUGGAGUAUUAGAAAUUCCCAAUAAUGCUGCUGCCUUGCAGCGAUCUUUAUCACCAAGCAGUGCCGUCUCGGUGGAAACUCAUAGUAUUGGGUCUUCCUCGCGAGCAAACUCUCUUCCUCGACCAACGAGCCCUUCUCCGUCGGUCGCUUCGGAAAAAACGGAAAUCGACAUCCAGGAGAAGCAGGAGCGAGAGGAGGAGGAAAGGAAGAGAAGAAUACAGCUUUACGUUUUUGUAUCUCGAUGUAUAGCUUAUCCUUUUAAUGCUAAACAACCCACAGAUAUGACUAGGCGUCAACAUAAGGUUACCCGGCAUCAGCUUGAUGCCAUUGUAAAUAGAUUCCAGAGUUUUUUAAAAGGUGAAACUCAAAUAAUGGCAGACGAAGCCUUUCACAACGCCGUACAAAAUUACUACGACGUCUUUUUGAAAUCGGAAAGAGUCGCCAAAAUGGUGCAGCUAGGCGCUUGGACCCAAUAUGACUUUAGGGAAGUUUUUCGCAGUAAUAUCGAGAAAAGAGUCAGAUCUCUACCAGAAAUGGAAGGAUUAAGUAAGGAAACCGUUUUUACUUCAUGGAUGGCCAAAUUCGAUUGCAUCCUAAAAGUACAAGAUGAUGAAAAUAAAAGGCCAAGAGCACAAGCAAUUAACUCCGAACUAAUACUGUCCAAAGAACAAUUAUACGACAUGUUCCAACAAAUACUAGGAGUCAAGAAGUUUGAGCAUCAACUUCUUUAUAAUGCCUUAAUGCUUGAUUCGGCAGAUGAACAAGCAGCAGCCAUUAGAAGAGAAUUAGAUGGGAGAAUGCAGAAGGUUUCGGAGAUGGAAAAGAACCGUAAACUCUUGCCAAAAUUUGUACUUAAAGAAAUGGAAUCGCUAUAUAUCGAAGAACUUAAAUCUGCCAUUAAUUUACUUAUGACAAAUUUGGAAUCGCUUCCAGUAUCAAAAGGAUCGAUGGAUUCUAAAUAUGGGCUCCAAAAAUUGAAACGCUAUAAUCACAGGUUGCAUAACCAUAAUAAUCCAUAUAAUGUGAAGCAUCUUUUGAUGAACUAUGUUACUUCUUUUAGAUCGCAAGGGUCUUUAGCGAAAUUGGAAGGAGAUUCCGCAGACAGCGAUACCACGCUAACUAAAAUGGAUGUUGUACUUACCUUCCAAUUAGAGGUAAUUGUUAUGGAAGUACGAGGUUUAAAAUCGUUACAACCAAACAGAAUCGUUUAUUGCACGAUGGAAGUAGAAAACGGUGAAAAAUUACAAACCGAUCAAGCAGAAGCUUCGAAACCUAUGUGGGACACCCAAGGCGACUUCUGUACAACACACCCUUUGCCCAUCGUCAAAAUAAAGUUAUUCACCGAAAACCCUGGGAUGCUUGCCUUAGAAGAUAAGGAACUUGGGAAGGUUAUCCUGAAACCCACUCCACUCUCUUCAAAAGCACCGGAGUGGCACAAAAUGACUGUCCCAAAAAACCUUCCCGACCAAGAUCUACGGAUUAAAGUGGCAUGUAGAAUGGAUAAGCCGUUGAACAUGAAACACUGCGGUUACUUGUACGCCUUGGGCAAAAGCGUUUGGAAGAAAUGGAAGAAACGUUACUACGUACUCGUUCAAGUCUCCCAAUACACCUUUGCGAUGUGCAGUUACAAAGAGAAGAAAUCCGAACCAUCUGAGAUGAUGCAGCUGGAUGGUUAUACGGUCGAUUAUAUUGAAGCUUCCAGUGCAACAUUGAUGGUUGGAACGGGUAAGCAUUUGGAAGGUGGUAGAUACUUUUUCAAUGCUGUAAAAGAAGGAGAUAGCAUCGUUUACGCAAGUGAUGAUGAAAACGAGUGUCAUUUAUGGGUCAUGGCGAUGUAUCGUGCAACGGGGCAGUCACACAAGCCCACUCCCCCUGUUACCCUGCAAGACAAGAAUUCCACAAUUUCAAAAAUACAAGGAGAUGCUGAUAGGGCCAGGAAACAUGGAAUGGAAGACUUCAUAUCAGCGGAUCCGUGCCACUUCGACCACGCCUCUUUGUUUAAGACUUUGCAAAACUUAACACUUGAUUACAGACUGGCCGAUAUGUAUUGUUCGCUGGGUUGGUUCAGUCCUGGUCAAGUGUUCGUUUUAGAUGAGUACUGUGCUCGGUACGGGGUCAGAGGAUGCUACAGACAUUUGACCUAUUUAUCUGAUCUUCUUGAUCGUGCUGACAAGAACCAUAUGAUCGAUCCUACGUUAAUUCAUUACAGUUUUGCUUUUUGUGCCAGCCACGUACACGGAAAUAGUAUUGACUCUAGACCAGACGGAGUCGGCAGCGUCACGCACGAAGAAAAGGAGAGGUUCCAGGACGUAAAGGAAAGGUUGCGAGUUCUAUUAGAACACCAAAUAACGAACUUCAGGUACACAUUUCCCUUUGGGAGGCCUGAGGGGGGUCUCAAAGCAACAAUUUCACUGUUGGAGCGGGUACUAAUGAAAGACAUCGCAACCCCAGUGGCUCCGGAGGAGGUCAGAGGGGUGAUUAAGAAAUGUUUGGAGACAGCCGCAUUGGUGAACUAUACGAAACUUUCAUCUGAGGCUAAAAUUGAAGAGGAUCUACGAGGAGAUGCAAUGGUCUCACCCAACAAGAAACUUGAUGACCUAAUCCACCUUGCAGAACUUUGCGUCGAUUUAUUGCAGCAAAAUGAAGAGCAUUAUGCAGAGCAACUGCGUAAGGGUGAGAAGGCAUGCGUGCAGGGGGGCGCCGUUCAGCAGCCAGAUGAAAAGGGGCCUUCGCAGGGCUCCGCUGCUGCUACCCCCAGUCGCCUCGCCAAGCAGCACUCAAACUCAAAUUCUGUGUCUCGCUAUUGCAUGCCUCCGCAUGCCACCUCCACUUACACCCCACCAGAUCCCACGGCUUUUGCAUGGUUUAGUGACCUCUUGGUUGAACAUGCCGAAAUAUUUUGGUCACUGUUUGCCGUUGACAUGGAUCGAGUGCUGGCCGAGCAACCUGCUGACACGUGGGAUUCAUUUCCAUUGUUUCAAAUCUUGAACGAUUACCUUAGGGCUGACGAUAAUUUGAAAAAUGGCCGAUUCCAUCAACAUCUUCGAGAUACUUUUGCCCCAUUGGUUGUCCGUUACGUUGAUCUUAUGGAGUCAUCAAUUGCGCAAUCGAUACAUAAAGGCUUCGAGAAAGAAAGAUGGGAAAUUAAAGGCAAUGGUUGUGCCACCUCAGAAGAUCUAUUCUGGAAACUGGAUGCAUUGCAAUCCUUCAUCAGAGACUUGCAUUGGCCAGAUACCGAGUUCAGGCAACAUCUAGAACAGAGACUUAAAUUAAUGGCUUGUGAUAUGAUCGAGUCUUGUAUCCAGAGGACUGAGACUUCUUUUCAUCAAUGGCUCAAGAAAUCCGUAACAUUUUUGUCGACUGACUACAUAUUACCAUCAGAGAUGUGCGCCAUGGUGAACGUCAUAUUGGACGCAAAAAAUCAGUCUUUCAAAUUGUGCGCAGUCGAUGGGAUUGAUUUGCAUCAAUAUCACACCAAAAUCGAUGAUCAAAUAGAUAAAACGUUGGCCAAUAUGAACCAAGGAAUGCUUAGUAAACUGAUGUCAGUUUUAGAAGCGACUUUAUCCAAGUUGUCUCGGUUUGACGAAGGGAGUCUUAUCGGAUCAAUUCUGAGUUUCACGAACGUAUCUGGCUCAGGAAAGGACGUCGGCCAAAGCUACGUGAAUUUCUUACGCAAUAGUAUGGAACAAAUCCGCGGUAAAGUAACCGACGAAUUAUGGAUCCUGAACUUUUUCGAACAGUGGUACACUGGCCAAAUGAACAUGAUUUGUAACUGGUUAUCGGAGAGAUUAGAUCACACGUUACAUCCACACCAAUGCACGUGCCUUGCUCACAUUGUAAAGAAAAUAUAUUCGGAUUUCGAACUCCAUGGCGUUAUGGAAGAUAAGUUGAACUCAAAAGCUUAUCAAACUAUCGCUCAAAGGAUGCAGACUGAGGAGGCGACAUGUGCUUUGACUUUAGGACAAAGUAGUGAUGGUGGUUUAGAAAUGGGCGAUGAUGAAUCAGAUAGUAGAAGUAGAUCCUUAAUGGAAAGCUUAGGAGGAGAUGAAGGGAAUCCUUUAUCAAACGUGGGUAACAUGGUUGCAGGCCGUAUGAGCAAUUUGCUGGGAGCAGCAAAGGGGAUCGGUGGGAUUGGUUCGAAGCUGGGUGGCGGAUCUAGUUGGUUUUAAUCUGCUGCUCACUCAACUUCAAUCGAUCAAUAUCCUUGAUAUGUAUAUACGUUACUUAGUUUGUUACUACUUAAUAUUAUGCUAUUUUAUUGGUUUCACUUUCGUUCGUUAAGUACCCGUUGUACUGUUCAAACGUUGCUAAUUAUAUUUGUUAACCUGAACUAAACAUUUGCUCUAUGAUGAUAUCUUACAUAAUAUUAUUGUACGAAUGUGUAUUUAUUAUCUAUUUAAAGUAAUUCACAAAAGCCUGGCAAAACAGCGAACUUGUCGUCUUCUGGAAUAUUUAAUAUCCUCUCUCUAGUUAUCAUAUAAUGAAUAUUCAUAUAAAUUUUAUUUCGAAUCAUUAUUGUAUCUAAAAAAAAAUUAUGUAUAUCAUCAGUUUAGGAUAAAUACGUUUGAGUGCACUCCUCGAAUAUACUUGGACAGCUUUAGUCAUUAAAUAAUUUUUCAAAAUCACUUUGUUGGGUUAAACACGAAAUAAAAAAAGUUAUUAAACAUAUCAUCACUUUCACAGUUUAAUUCUUAGUCACACGCUAGUUUGACACCUAUUAUGUAUACUAUACUAUUCUCACUUUUGCUAGUUUCCUCUCUUCACUUCAAAAUAAUUGAACUAAGUUUUAAAGGGACCUUUAAUUUUUUGACCUCAUAAAAAAUUGUUUACUUUUUGGCAUGCUAGUGAACUAAACCUAAAUUACAUAAUACUAAAAUACAAAAUAAAAGCUUGUGAAUCAAUAAUCGUUAAUAAUGAAUGAAUGUUUGUUCUUUACAAUAUUAUUCUAUUCAAAUAUCCUAGUAUUAAUCACUGCAACAGGAAAAAAAAUGAAUAAUUUUCUUAGAAUAGGGUGAACACUUAAAAACCGCUUUAGAUCACCAACCUAUUUAUUACUAGAAAGUUUACCAAUUUUAUCCCUUAAAACGUUUGUCAAGUUACAAGUUAUUGAAAGUUGUUUAUUAACGAAAAAUAUUACGUAGAACGUAUUAAAAUUAAAGGUACUAUAAAACAUGUGCAAAGAAUAUUUAAAUUUCUAACUUGUUAUUAGAAUUAUAUAAAAAAAUAUAUGUAUGCCUAAAGAUAGAACUAUUUAAUGAUUGAAUUAGUACUUAGUGUGUUUGUAUUAAAACUAAGACUGAUGGUAAAUAACA